AUGAAUGAAUUAAAAAAAAAUUGUAAUUGUGUGUUAGGUUCAAGUGAAAAGAGGAAAAGAAAGCGAAGCAGAUGGCAGAGUGAAGAGAAGAAAAUGAUCAUUCCAGGAAUGCCAAUGUGUUUACCAACUGGAAUGAGUGAAGAACAGAGAACUACAUAUAUCAGUAAGCUUUUUAGUUAAUUAAGGUUUUGUUUUUGCUAAAAUUAAAAAUUUUCAGCACUAUCCAAUGAGAUACUAGUAAUGCAACUGCACAGAAAUUCUCCCACUCAAAAAGGUGGUCUCAAAAAGGUGGUCUCAAAAAUAAGGUCUUCACAAUGAUGUAAAAUAUUUGCUAUUUAUGUGAAAUGGGGAUUUUUUCGGAAAUAGAAACGCCUGCAUAAUCUUUAUACUUAUACUUCGAAAGAAGCAAAUUGCGUGUUGCUAUGGUAACAAUGUGGCCUAAGUGACAGCAGACAAAGAUCAAAUUUUGGACUAAACAUUUUUAAUUUAUUAACAUUUCCUUCACAGGUGUAAAGAGAACAUCUAGUGGAAGAUUAUAUCAAAAAAUUAGUGGGGGGUUAUAAAUUCAGUUUUUGAGAUGUUACGCAAAAUUUGUUCCACAAAAACUGUUUUAUCAAAUUUUUUAAAAAUUGAGUAUACUGCAAUAAAUGAUUAGCACUUUUAAAAUGCAAAAUUUCAGAAAAAUGGAUCAAAUGAAAAAAGUUAUUGCAUUACAAACCUUGCACGGUCAAAUGAAAUUUUUGCUGACGUGAUAAAAUUUCAGCUCGACAAGUGAUUGUCAUUUCGUUACCAGUCCCAUGCUUAAUUAAACAACUGUAGGGAGCCACCUUAAGUAACAAAUUCAACACAGUUGAAAUACUGUAUACGACAACACUGUUUACUAGUCAUAUUAACUGCUGCUUCUCUUGCUUUCUAGCACAUUUAAGAAUAGAAGAAAUUAGUAGAAGAUUAAGAACAGGAGAUUUAGGAAUCCCUGAGAAUCCUGAAGAUAGGUAUGUCAUAUACUGAAGGGAUCCAAGUGGGUCAUUCCAGAAAGGAUGUACAGUACACUCUCCCUAGGGACAAGAGUGCACUUCUGAUUGUAGUAAAAAAUACUAGGACAUCCGCAGGCGGACAUGGAUGUGUGAACUAGAGGUGUGCGUCAGAUCGGAUUGGAGGUUUACAACCCGACAACUGGUAAUUUUUUGAAAUCCAAUCCGAAAUUGUCUGAUUCGAAUCUAAUCCGAUCCGAGUUUGUUGAAGCGUUCCGAUCUGAACUUAAUCUGAAAAACCCUUCAAUAAAUUAAACUUUCCGAGUAAACUUUGCAGGAGCCAAUUCGCAAACUCUCAUUAAUUAAAAGAACUCAGAUCUUUUGUUCUUUACAAAUAGGGUUAUACAUAGACAAUUAGAAAUAAACAAAAUGGAAAAAUUAGUUAUUAAACGGAAGCACUGUAAGCCUUUAGUUUUCACAGCGGCCAUGAUAAUCGAAGUCCAAUCCGACUACGAAAAUACUUUCCGAUCUAAAGUGAAUAUUAUGGUGCCGAAAUCUGAACGAAUUGGAUUUGUUUUGGAUUGGAUUUGCACAUCUCUAGUGUGGAUGUUUUUGUUGGAAUGACCCAGUGCAAAGUUCGCUGGCCAUAUGAUAAGGCAAAAGUGGGCCUGAUACCGAUUAUUGGUCAAUCCGCUAAAUACUGGUACCACUGGUAAUUAUCGCAGCCUGAAAUAAUGAUCUGACCUGUUUGUUCUUGUCAAUAUUUCUAGAUCCCCAUCACCUGAGCCUAUUUAUAAUUCUGACGGAAAACGUCUCAACACUCGAGACUUCAGAGUCCGAAAGAAACUAGAAGAAGAAAGACACACAUUGGUUCAAGAUGCAAUGAAAGCAAACACAGACUAUAAACCACCUGCUGAUUAUAAGUUA